UCAAUUUAGAGAACCGUAUUUUAAAUGCUCUAGCAACCUCAACAACAAGAUUUUAAAGAAUGGUAGUACAAGAGGUAGAUCAGUGAAUCACAGGUACUCAAAUACUCACUUGAGAAGGAGGGUUUUCAGUUCUGAGCUCACUGCUGCUGGGACCUUUGUGUAGUAACUUCAAACUUGUUAAUGGAGUUAAUGGUGAAAGUAGUACUACUGGCACUGGCCAUAAUGAUGCCAUGGUGUUCAUUUGCUGUGGACAUUCAACUAGCGAGGCAAUGGGCAGCUAAGAGCAAUGUGAGUUGCAUCCUGGUUUUUGGAGAUUCAAGUGUUGAUCCUGGCAACAACAAUGUGCUUCGCACCUCCAUGAAAAGCAACUUUCCUCCUUAUGGGAAGGACUUCUUUAACAGCCUCCCCACAGGAAGGUUUUGUAAUGGGAGACUUGCCACAGACUUCAUUGCUGAAGCAUUGGGGUACAGACAAAUGCUUCCGGCAUUUCUUGACCCAAAUUUGAAGGUUGAAGAUCUGCCAUAUGGGGUUAGUUUUGCAUCAGCAGCCACAGGCUUUGAUGAUUACACUGCUAAUGUUGUGAAUGUUCUGCCUGUUUCGAAACAGAUCCAGUAUUUUAUGCAUUAUAAGAUCCACUUGAGAAAAUUGUUGGGUGAAGAAAGGGCAGAAUUCAUCAUAAGAAAUGCAUUGUUUAUUGUUAGUAUGGGUACAAAUGACUUCCUGCAAAACUAUUUCAUUGAACCUGCUCGCCCCAAGCAAUUCAGCUUGCUCAAAUUUCAGAAUUUCUUGCUCCGCCGCAUGUCUAAGGAUAUUGAGGUGAUGCAUAGGUUGGGAGCCAGGAGGUUGGUUGUUGUUGGGGUCAUUCCUUUGGGAUGCAUUCCACUUACCAAGGCCAUUAUGGGCCAGAAUGAUACCUGUGUAGCAAGUUUGAACAAAGUAGCUUCCUCAUUCAAUGCAAAACUAUUACAGCAAAUCUCUAACUUAAAGGCAAAACUGGGCUUACAGACUUAUUAUGUUGAUGUUUAUGGUAUGAUCCAAAGUGCAGUAAUGAACCCUAAAAAAUACGGUUUUGAGGAAGGAUCAAAGGGAUGUUGCGGGUCAGGGAUAUAUGAAUAUGGCGAUACAUGCAGAGGAAUGAGUACUUGUUCAGAACCAGACAAAUACGUAUUCUGGGAUGCUGUUCAUCCAACACAAAAGAUGUACAAGAUUAUAGCUGAUGAUGUCAUUGAAUCUGUUACUAAAGAACCCAUUCACAGCACAACCAAUUAAAUGUAUGAUGCCCUAUAUAUGAAAUAAUUAUGUAUGUUUCACACAUCAACUUGUGAAAUCGUUUAAGAUAUAAUGAAAAAAUGUUGAUUAAUGUUUGA